CCAAAUGUACUGAAUCCCAUCUCGUUAAUCCUGCUGGUAGGAAGGGUGGCGGAGUGAAGACGCAGACACAGACAGUGAUGAAGCUCUUCCGAACAGAAGCUGAUGUCUCAGCGCAUGAAAGAGUAGACACCAAGGAACACUAUGAAAGCAACCUGCUUUAUGAAAGGGAAAAAAUGCCACCAGUGUCUGGAGAGGAGGAGGAGGUGGUGGUGACUGAUAUAUUGCAGAAGCUCUGUGUGACACCUGCGGUGGAUUCUGAGUCUGCAGACCUCUUCAUGACGUUGGUGUUUGAGCUUCGACGCCUCUCCACCGACGUCUUACGGAGCCUAUGGCAGAGAUCGCCAUCCCAGUGUCGAGACAACUGGAAACCUCUAUUGGACGCUCUCCCUUCCUGCGCAACCGAAGCCUGUGUUGUCCUGAUGAAAGAGAUCAUUGUUUCUGAAGGAGUCGAAGAGGACAGAAUUGAAUCUUUCCUCUGGUCACUCGCCUUCCUCCCUGAGCCCACUGCAGGCAUGAUUGAUGUGCUGGCUACUCUGCUAAAGUUACCAAGAGAAAGGCCAAGUGCCUUUUUAGGAACAACUGCCCUGGUGAAUCACUACUGCUCCAUGAGAAAGGACUGUGACCUGGAGCCUGCAGUGAGGGGCAUUAUGGACAUUCUUGAAGGACGGCUGGGAAGAAAAUGCACCUUGCAUGAAUCAGAGGGAAUUAGUCAGAUGGAACUUGUUUUGAAAGCGAUUGGAAACGCAGGGCUAGCAGCGGCCCCUCUUUCCCCUGUCCUGACUUCCUGUGCGUCGCUGAAAAGCAACCCUGCAGAAAUCCGGCUGGCUGCCAUAGAGGCUUUCCGGCGGAUUCCGUGUGCAGCAAAUCAUGCUGUCUUGGUCCGCCUGUAUCAAACCUUCGACGAGGAUGUAGAAAUACGAAUUGCUUCUUAUCUGAUGUCCAUGAAAUGUCCAAGUGAAGAAUUAUUUCGCCAAGUGAAAUGGACUUUGCAGGAGGAGAAAUCUAGCCAAGUGGGUUCCUUUGUCUGGAGUCAUCUUUCUGAGAUCUUGGGAACAGAUGAUCCAUUAAAGCAGCACCUUAGGAAUUCUCUUCCUGACGACAUCCUGAACAAAGAAUUUGAUUGGGAGACAUGGAAAUUUUCCUCUUAUUCAGACGUUACCAUCCACUCAGCCAAAGCGAGUAUGAAUACCGAGGCCAAGGUCAUCUUUUCACCUGCAUCUUUCAUCCCACGUUUGACAGCGGCAAAUUUGACAGUUCACCUGCUGGGACGGGCUGUCAAUCUCCUGGAGGUUGGAGUAAGGCUGGAGAAUGUGGAAGAUGUUGUGCAGAAGUUCUUUGGUUUCCACCCGGUUCAAGAUACCACAAAAAGGUACUCCAAGCCAGAACCUCCAGUUGAGACAACACGCAAAACUCAACUGAAUAAGCCGACGUCCAUGAGGUUCAGCCGUAGAAAUGAUCUUCCGCCUAAAGAAAGCAAGCCCAGGUUAAGAAAAGAGAAGCAGAGCUGCCCAAGGGAGCAGUACAAUAAGAUGAGUGAGUUAGUGAAAAAGUUCACCAAAAGAAUGGGAAAGAAGAAGAAGCCGAAAUGCGGUCUGAGCGUAAAAAUCUUCGGGAAUGAGCUUGCAGUUCUGGACUGUGGAGAUCUCAGAAAUCAAGCAAAACUUUACUAUCUGAACCUGGCAGAACUUGUGGUGAAAUUGUUAAAGGGCCAAGACCUCCACUUGAAUAAAAGGCUGAGUUUGGCAACAGAGGAGCUUUUGUUCCCAGCCCUCUCUGGCUUGCCGGUCCGACUUGCUUUGAACGCCUCAGCAGCAGUCAAUGUGACGAUCAGGGGCAAUGUGGACUUCAGGCAACGAAAUAAUUUUUUUGUCAACGGCUAUAUCAAGCCAAGUGCUAUCCUUCACAUUUCUGCCCAAAUGGGAACAGCGGGAACCCUGGGGAAAACCGGCUUGAGCUGGUCAACAGGACUGAGGUCCGCCACCAGCCUUGAUGGAGGGAUCCAGGUGAAAAAGGGGAAGGAGUUUAAGGUUUUUUUGAAUACUCCUGAAGAUUCCAUGGAAAUUGUCAAUUUCAGCUCUAAACUUUAUAUAAGAACAGCAAAUGAAACAGCAGCUGUUGACAUUUUCCCAGACCACGUUGAGACUAAAUCAUGCACAAAUGAAGAUGUGUCUAAGGCAUUUGGCUGGCAACUGUGCUCAGAGGUUUCUAACCCUGUCAAUGACAGCGCCGGUUUCAUUUUCCCAUUCCUUGGACCAGGGAAAGUUGCCAUAACAUUAAAGAAGCAGGACAGAAACCUCCAACAGUAUUUACUGAAAGCUGCAUAUAAUUAUAAUUCUCAGAAAGGUUCUUGGAUUCCAAACGAAGCUGGCUUGCAUUUCUUUAUGGGGACUCCGAAAUCAGAGCUCAAAAGGGAUGUUGCCGUCGAUGUCCAUGUUAACAUCCCCCAGAAGAAAUUUGGGAUUGAAUUUAUCCAGCCAAAGAAAAAAAUACAGAUGAAUGGAAAAAUUGAAGCCUCUAGAAACUCACGCGUUGGGCGUCUGGAACUGAUACUCGAUGAUGACAACAUCUAUUACAUUAAGGGGAAGACAGAUCUGCAACUGGGGUCUGGAGAGCAAAAGCACACGAUCCACCUGGAAGCAAAGCUGCUGAAACGUGGGAGUCCCCUCGUCCUUUCCGGCAACAUCACCAAGCAAGCUGGCAAGAAGAUGGCAUUUUCAAUAUCCUUGGUCAACUUACUGAAAGACACAGCUUUCCUUGCAAUGUGUUUGGAGAAAAAGGCGGAUGAUAAGUUCAAGCAGUAUUCUUUGGAAGGAGAAACUCAUGUUCCAGGGGUCCUGGGGUCCCACGUCCUUUCUCUUCUGCAACAGCGGGGAUAUUUCUGGACCCAUGCGCUGAGAAUUAAAUAUGGAUUGUUUGGAGAUGCAAGAAACCUUCAGCACGAAUGUAAUAUGGGUCAGAAGUUAAAAGUGGAGAACAGCUUACAAGAUGCCUACAGAGCGGAUCUGGAACAUGAAUUUCACUGCACUCAGAUUCUAGCUUACAACCACAAGGUCCACUUGCAUCAUGAAGAAACUCCAUCUCGGCUGCAGUCCCAGCUGGAGAUGAACUAUGGGAAGCACUGGGAUGAAAUCAACAACAGGAAGAGGGUAGUAGUCAGCCAGACAUUUAAAAAUAACUCUUAUCCAACUCUGACCAGCUAUUUCAUGGAGUUCGCAGUUCAAGUGCCUGAAAAGCGCGUGGAUUACAGGACUCAACUGCAGCACUCCCAUACCAGCCAAAGCUACAGAGAAAGCAGCACCCACUUUAAAGUGCACUAUAACAACCACAUGCCAUUUGUGGCUGGGCUGCAGUGGAAGGAUACAUCAAGGCAUCCUCUGAAGAAGUGGGAAGGAAUAUUCAAUAUGGACACGCCUUGGCUGUAUCUGUACGUGGCUCACAGACUACACCAGCCCCAGCAUUCGGUUUAUUUAGCCGCUGUUGACUUGACCGCUGGGAAAGCUUUCGUCGUCAAGGGCCUGUCGAUGGAACUCUUCUGUAAAGAUAAAGAUGGUGAAAAGGAAGGGAGGGUUCGGAUCCACACACCGACGACGACCUACCUCCGGGCAUCCACCGUCAAUUGCUUCAAGCAGGGUUUCUUGCACAGCCAAAGUGAAGUGGUGUCUUUGUGGAACCAGCCCGUAAAGAAUGAGAUCCACCUGGAAAACCAUGAACAGGCCAAGCGUGUCCAUCUCACAAUCAAGUCUGCAAAGCAAGAAUUUAAUAUGACAGCGGCUUACUUCCACCUAGAGACACCUCAAAAGACCAACGUUUCCAUGUGGGUUUUGUGGACGGACCACAAGAGCCUGCCACUUGUGCUGCAGCUUGAGGCACAGAUUGAAGAAGUGAGGAAGGAAAAAAUGCUCUACCAAAAACGUGGAACCAUCCAGUUCAGGCAUCCAUUUAAGCUGCCCAUUCCACAAAGCUUCCUUCUCCAGGAAACCUUUACUGUGAACAAGAAGGAGAAGCAUUACUUCCUGGAAACCAAAGUUCUGAUAAAUGGACUGGAAGAGUCUGUUCAGACUCUCACACUCAGCUAUCAAGCUGAAAAUCCAUACAUCUGUGCUGGAUUGGCUCAUCCAUACAACAGCAAGAUCUUCCCCCCAAACAUUGAAGUAUGCACUGUAAUUCGAACACUCAGCCGUGCUAAAAGGGAGGUCGAGGUGAACCUAAAAAUGGAUGAGAAAGAGGUACUCAGCUUCCUGGGCAAGUACCAUAACAAAUCCAAUAUGGCUGCUUCCCAACAUCUCGUGCAAACGGACAUGACCCAUUCAUUCCAGCUCCAGUUUCCCCAGUCAAUCUCUGUGAAUGGGGAGCUCUUUUCAAGUGAAACGAAGCCAAUUGAUUUUGCCUGGGGUCUGACUGCGAAAGCUACAAUCAACCAACAGGACGUUUCAGAGUUCAGUGCUUGGCUGAAUGGAUCAGAUGCCGGGUUUGGAAUCACUUCUCAGCUUUUUCACCUGAAUCACUCAAACUUUCCUCCAAGUUUUCAGGUCCGCAUUACCACGAGCCGAUAUGGUGGGGACAAUCUCAAUGGCUCUUUCUACCUUCAUUCUGGUGGAAAAGAUUUAGUGCUGCUGGAAGCUGACUUCAACCGUGAGAUGAGAAAGAACGCCCGAGCCAUCAGAGUGAGCACUGUCCUAAAACAAGCAAUCGUGACCCGGCUGAAAUAUGUGUGGCUACACUUCAUGGGCAAGAUGUCACCAUCAAGACUUAUACUGUCUUCUGCGAUGAAGCUGAAUGAGAACUCCUUCCACCUGGGCAUUACAGGAUCCAAAGAGCAGAAAAAGGGCCUUGGGCUCACCCUUCACGGCAGCAUCGAGCACAACCUUGAGAGCUUAAUGUACAUCAUACCCCAGGACCUUUCCCUGGACAGCUCUCUCAAGCGGAAGAACAACGUUCAUGAAGGUGUUGUGAGGGUGAUGGUUAACCAGUCAGUGUAUGGAAUGCACAUCCGUAACAGGAACGUGUUUGGGGAUGAAAGCUUUCAUAACAUCACUGUGGCGGUGACACAGAACGGCAGCCAUGCUUUCCCACGAGAGGCAAAGAUCAAAGGGCGACUGGAGCUCAAAAGAGGCAUCCAAAAGGGGGCAGCAAGCCUUCAGAUAGACACGAGAGCUUUCUCCAUUGAUAUCUCAAAUAUCAUCCUUCAAGAGCAGAUUGGAGUCGCAGGAACACUCGUGCACAACAUCAGUGCUUUAUACAUGGCAGGGCUCCCUGUAGAAAAUAGCAUCACUGCCAUGUAUGGCCACAUCGAGAGCAACCACACAGUAACUCUCAGACUUCAGGGAGGUGAUGGAAGGAUUAUGGCUUCAUUCGAACUUGAGAAGCUGCCCUUGGAACCAUUUCGAGCCCAGCUGACCACAAGCCUCAGUCACAACCUUGCAGGGCUAAAGCGACAUGGAGUACCUUUCACAUCAGAAGGCAUGUGCUUUUACCAGAAUUUCAGCCAGAAGCUUGCAGUGGGGGCGACAGUCCAGGCUGGAGAAGAAGAGUUCCAGGUGGAACUGGAGAAUCGAGGCACCGACAGCACUGCUGGGUUUUCCCUUUUCUUCCAUCACAACGUGGGACUCCUUCAUAUCAUCCCACCCAUAGUACAGGUCCAGUGUGAUGGAGAAUCCACAAGCCAUCAGCUUUCUGGCCACUGUAAUGGAGAGGUUGCAAGCCACUCGCUGGAGACACUGGCAAGCAUCUUGCUGAACGGAUCAGUGCAUGCUAGCAACGGUGCAGCCAACCUAAUCGGGGAAGUUGUUUCUAAUGGCACAUGGGCUGAGUUCCAGCUCCACGCUGCCUGCAGCCCUGAGCAUAUUGUGGAGAUCAGCCUCCGGCAUCUAUGGCCUGGCCUUGGAUCUCUGGGCCUUGCCCAAGAGAACCGAAUAAAAGUCACCGCUGUGAAAGGGGAAGAGUACAAAGGCCUUCUGGAAGUCGCUCUUGGAGAAUGUAUGUUGAGAGGCAAUGGAGAACUGAGUACGGAGGGUGAAGCAGCAGAGUCAGAAUGGAGAGUUAUUCUUCUGAAUAAAUGUGACAUCUUGGAGAACUUGGACAUACCACAGAAUCUAGUCUCUGGAGGAUCGUUCCUCAAAAAUGCCAACAAUGUCAGUUUAACCUCGUACUUCCGGUGUGAUGGCCAAGGAGUUGACGUGCAACUAGAGAUGUGUUCUGUAGACAAAUAUACUUUGCAAGGGACCCUGACUCACACUGUCGCCUACCUCCAUGAUCUAGGGCUGCCUUCUGAAAACUCAAUAGUCCUCUCCAUGACCAAUGAGAGCUCUGUCCUCAAAGGAGUUCUGUCACUACACGUGGGCAACUGCAACGUGAAGGCCCAAGGAGAAAUCCAACCACAAGACAGAAUUGAAUGGACACUGGAAAUGAAAAAUGAUUGUCAAUCUUUGCAGGAUCUCGGAAUCCCAACAAAAAUGGAUGGAUUGGGGCACAUUUUAACCAGUAAAAUGAACCUGGAUUCCCAUGUAAUGUUUACCAUGGGUGAAAAAACUCUACACGGACUCCUCAUAUUGAAAGUCAUGGAUAUCAGGCAAGAGCUGCAUGCAUUGCUAGCCCAUAAUAUCAAAGGAGCCAUCCUUCUUGGCAUUCCUGAAAGGACAGUGGUAGAUUUAAUUUCAGAAAAGGAUGGUGUUGUUCGUAAAAGGUUGCUUCGGUUCAGCGUGGAUGGAAAACAGAUCACAGAGGAGCUGAGCUUUACGCAGAAGUCAGAUCACGUCUCUCUUGAGUACAAGCUUGCACAUAAUUUAGAGAUCUUGCAGGCACUGUGGAUACAAGACAGGAUUGAGCUGCAGGUUACUGCCAUGCUGCUGGCUAUCAAGAACCUAACGCUGAAGUUUCACUAUGGUUCAUACUGGAUCGUUCUUGGAGGACAAUUGCAAAUGGCUGGAGUAAGGAUGGACUUCACAGGGAACAUGCACCACAAAUGGCCAUGGCUGCUACAAUCCCACAUCCCAGAAGUCAUCCAGCUGACGCUCCUUGAGAUUCUGUCUGAAAACAAGACGGAAGCCUCCCUGAAGCUGGCUUGUGAUCCAGACUUAAAUCUCCUGUUCAUUUUCGCCACCAAAAACAAAUUGAAAAGUGAAGAAUUGCAUAUAAAAUCUCUCCAGAACUUGCCAUUUCUCCUCCCAUAUUUCCCCAAUGUGGCUGAAGUUUCCACAAAGGUAAAUUAUGCUACCAAAGAAGCAGAAGGGAAAAUUUCCAUUCAAAAGGAAAAUAAGAAUCUCCUUGUCUUGACAAAACUCACAUUCACUGGGACCAACCACACACAAGUUCUUCAACUGAUGCAUACCAUACCCCAGUUAACAAUCCUCCCAGGGCAAUUUGUUCUUACAACAGCUUACCAAAAGAGCAAGAGGAUCCAAGUACUGAGUGGCAUUGCAUUAUGGGAUGGCAAAGAGGCCAAAGUCACAGGCACCUAUACUGGACUGUUCCCAAAGAUGUCUGGAGGCCAUGACAUGAAGGUGGAGAUCUGCCACCCUCUCCUGCUCCCUUUCCCUCAACAUUCCACGCUCAGCAUAUAUGUGGAGCAUUCAGCGCGUACCCACAGGGAUGAUAUUGUCAUUGGCUGGGACACCAUGGAGCAGGUGUCAGUCUCUUCUUCUCUCAAGCUUGGAAAGGAGCGUGCCAGUUACUCCGCUGCCCUUGUGCACCCUUUUAACUUCACUGUGAAACACGUCGAGGUUAGUUCCCUGGCCGAAAGCAGGAGAGGCGCCUACAGCCGGCAGAUGCAGCUUGCGUGGAAUAACGGACAGCCAGCCCAUCUGAAACUCACUUUUGGAGACAAGUCCAAAGCCAACGCCACACUUUGGGAUGCUUGUAUCGCAGCUUCGUCUGGCCAGCUUCAAAACAUUCUAACUGUCGCGAAUGUCCAGGCCUGUGGCUCCCUUGAGCAGACGGCAGCCUUGUUUAACCAACGCCUUGAUCUGAAGUGGGAUGGCAAGAAAGUCACGCAGAAUCUGACAUAUGAGAAAAGCAAGCCAUCUCAACGGGAUAAAAUUCAAGUUGAAGCCAUUUUGGAAAAUGCCCUUUUGACUUCAUGUUCCGGCCAGCAUUUUCUGGGAAAAGUCGAAACAGAUUACUCAACUCGCCUUUAUCAUUUCGUAAGCCUCGGAGUCUGCAGCCUUCCGAGUGCAAUGGAGCUCUCUGGAAAACAUCAACUGAACCAAGGAGGUGUUCUCUUGCGAUCAGAAGGCAAAUUAACCCUUGCUGGUGUUGACAGCUCGAUCGUGGUGGCUUUGAAGAAUCACAGCCAAGCCGGAGUGAAGAACUAUUCAACGGAAUUUUUAUUAAAAGCAUCUGACAUUCUUUGGCUGGAUGUGAUGGGGACCGUGACAUCUUCAGCUGGUCAAAGCCAAAUCCUGGUGGAAGGAAUACUUGACCCUAAAGAGAAAGUGAAAUUCGCAGCUUCCAAAGGAAAGGGAUGUCUUCGUUACUACGUGGGGUAUUUAAAAGGGAAUUCUGAGGAGGGGUUGGAGGCCACCGUUUGUACAGAAGGCCAGCAGCACGCUGCUCUGCACGCCCACCUCCUCAUCAAUGAAGAAAGAGUUGAGGAAAUGGGGCGCCUCGCCCUGGAGGCCUCCAACCAGAGCGUGAGCUUGAAGGCCCAUGGCUGUGGGCAUCCAGUUGUGAAGAUUGAGGUCUGGCGCUUGUUAAAAAUGGUCAUUUUCUCAGGCAGUGUCUCUUUUCUUUUUCCUAUUCAUUUCAUUGUAAUCCAGGGGUUGGCGGAGGUUGGGUCAUGAUUCCAAGCCCUCCCACCGAGAUGUGAGAAAAUAAAAAGGGCUUUAUUUGGUAAAUAGACAUCUCUUCACACCAGAAGGGAUGUGAAGGCUAGGAACUACCUUCUAAGCUUAAUUAGCUUAACAAAGCAAGACAGUUGACUAUCAACUAAAUGGACAGUUUCCCACAGUGCUCAACAGGCUUUUACUGAAUCCCUCCUUCAGGGAGGGUCUUCAAGGUGAAGAUUUUGCUCAACUCUGCUCGGUUCACCCUGCAAUGGACUCUGGGAUCUGUCAACUCCAGUGUCGCCUCUCCCUCUGACAAAGACUGAGUUCCUGGGGUGCAGAAGGUGAUCUCUGAGCUUGGGUGUCCUGUUCAAUAAGCUCUUGGGAAGGUUCCUCUUUGACUCCUGUAGAGUCUUGGAGAAUCUCCUCCCCAGCUUGAGUACUGUAGUAUAGGUUGUCUUCUUCUCCUUCUUCUUCUUCGUCUUCUUCUUCUGCUUCUGCUUCAGCUUCAGCUUCCAAGUCUGACUGAAGGUCUGAAAGCCCCAUGCUAGGGAGAAUGGGCUUGAUCCUGACAGUCUGUAUCCCUCCAGAUAGUGGAGGGUGAUGGCUCUGGUUUUGGUGGGGCUGUGAUCCAUUCUGGGUUUCAGUCAAAAUCUGCCAGAACUCUAAUGGAGCUAUCCAAGGUGCUGAACUCUAUCCACCAAAUUGGUUCACCACCUUAGAUAUCCCUUUUAGACUUCUGGCUGGUUCUGACCAAACCCCAGAAUGGAUUCACAGCCCCACAAAAAUCCAAGCCACCAGGCUCCACUGUCUCCAGAUGUUGCUGGACCACACUCUAUAAAAACUAUGAAAUACAUCCCAUGCAUUGUAACUACUGCCGCAUACACUGAGACUUUACUGCAGUACUACAGAAAAUGAUGCCCCAUGGCACAAAAUUUGAAAACGUAUACAUCACUGUUCAAUAUCAACAUAGAAAGAAAUUCAUAUAACAUCCCACCUGAUUGGAGCAGAAGGAGAGAUGAGGCUGAAAGGGACCAUUGCAUCAAGGCCCUGUUUUGGUUUCAGAGACAUUGAAGUCUUCUUUCUGAUUCUUGCAGUCAAAACUGAUGGAGAUUGCAUCCGAUCUACAGCACAGACUGUUGGCAAAGUUAAAAAAAUUGGAGGAA